UGAAUUUUUAAAAUUUUAAGAAUAUUUUUUUUAUAAUCAUUGAACUCCCAUCUACUAAACUAAGUGCAAAAAAAACGAAAAAAAGAUUUCACUGUGAUUUUGAAUUUCCUGCACCUGACCUAUAAAAAAAAUAUUUUAAUUUUGACUAGAACAUACAUAUAUCACAUAGAAUAUCAAUACAAAAGAAAUCACUUAGAAUUUAAAAUAUCUAUAUUUUCAAUAGAUUAACAUUAGAAAAUUAUUCUAAUAAUUAAUUUUAAAAAAAUUUCUUUUCGUAAAUAUUUUAAUUUGAUUAAGUUUUUGCAGAAUUUUGAUGAAAUUAUUUUGAAAGAAAUAAAAAUAAAUAUUUUACUUUUAUUAAGAUUAAGGAAACAAAUUUUUCAUAAAAGUGCAAUUAAGAAUAUUGCGAGAAAAAACAUUAAAAGAAUUGAUUAAACUUGAGCACUAUAUCCAUAUUUAAUAUAAUGAGCUUUAAUUUAAAAAAAAGUGAGAUUAAAAUUUUAAGAAAUUAUAUAGAAAAUAAUCUUCGAAUUAAACUACCUGAAAAAUAUGUCAAUAAAAAAUUAUGACUCGAUAUGAUAUUAUAGUCAUGGUCCUUUUUUGAUAAAAUAUAUAGAGGUGAAGUGACCUUGACCGCGAUUAAAAAGUUGCUUUUAAAAAAUCGUAUAUAUUCAAGCGCUCGUAUGCCUAUAUGUAUAUAUAAUGGAUGUCUCAUAAUAAAUGGUUCACUUUUGUAUCUCAUUUAUUAUAGUGUACUCGUUAUAUAUGGGCACGGCCAAGCGUGACGGAAUUUCAUUUUUUCAACUUGUCAGACAUGUAUCUCCUCAAUAACGAGAGAAAUGUUUCUGAAAUUUUCACCAUAUAUGAAGAUUAACUAGCUCUACUAGCAGUAAAAAUUUCACUGACUUAUGACGAACCAUAACGGAGUUAUAUGAAAAACAUCGUUCGUUAUGGAAUUUCAAAAAUGGACAAAAUUUUGAAGGAGGAUUCAUAUUUCAACAUUUUUCUCCGAAACUAAGUGACACAUAAAUGAACGUUUUAUACAUAGAUUGUUCAGCUUUUCACGAGCUCUUAGAAUAUCGUGUCGUUUUCUCUGUAAAACAUUUCCGUUAAAUAAGAUGACUUAAAAGAUUGAGCGUUACGGAAUUUCGCCGUUUUUCUCUUUUUCUGUGAGGGACAAUUUAGUGACAUUUUUAUAAUAAUUUUAACUAUGAAAUCUAACUUUUUUCAUUCUGUAACGAUUAAAAGUAUUGUUUUCUAUUAAUCGAUUAGUUCAUUUUCAUGUUUGUCUCCAAAUUUCAUAGAAAAUUUCAUUCAUUAUUUUGACAAAAAUGAAAAUUUUCAAAAUAAAAAAAGCGAAAUUUCGUGAUUAUUCGUGUUUUUAAACUCGUAGGAACGGAAAAUGAUAUUUGUUUUAUAUGUCAUCUGAGUAAUUCAGAAUGCCCAACAAACUUAAUAAUAUUUCAAGAUCAUAAUUUUUGUUAAAAAAUUUUUUUCUAUAUAUUACUGGUUUUUAACCUUCACCAGCGAAGGGGACCGUUAGCUGGCCGUGCCCAUAUAUAAACUUCUUCAUAGAAUAGAAGACCAUCUUAUUCAAAAUUAAGACAAAAUAGAUAAUUUCAACAGCUAGCUAAAUACAUAAGUUAAUUCCUUAGUUCUUAUUAUCUAAUUAAAGCUUAGUUUAAGUAUCCACUUUACUUUAUGUUGCAUAUAUAUUUGCUAUUAAUAGGCAUUGUUAAUAUAAAAUAAUUUUUGAGAGUAGAAAUUAUAAAUAUGUGGUGACUCAGUACUAUUACGUUUGUUUUACUUCUAACAAAUCAUAUAUAGUUUACAAAAAAAAUCAUAGAAAUUUUUAUUAAACUUAACAACAUUAUAAUCAUCUAAAAACUUACAACCAAUUUCAUAUUCUAGAUUACUCUCAUAGAUACUUCUAUAGCUAGCUAUCCGACAAUUUCACAAAUCUACGAAACUUAUAAAUUUUUAAAGACUUUUUGUGCUUGUACACUACUAAUCAAACACUAUCUAUAGCAUGAAAAAUAUUAAUCACAUUAGAAAUUCAUCUAUAGAUUUUUCUAAUUUACAAAACACAAUAGAAGUCCAAUGUGAAGAGAUUUAUAAAUUAUAUCUGAUUUAUCAAAUAACAAAAAUAAUUCUAAUAUUUUCUAAUAAAAAACAAAACAAAACUCAUAAUAUCAUUAAAUUAUAAUCAUAUUUGUACAGAUCAAAUAUAUAUUUUCAAUUAAAAAUUAAAUUAAUCUUAGAUUUUAUUUUAUAUAAUAAUAUUUAUUUUAGAUAUAAAAAUCUAUUAUGUUAAUUCGAAAAAUGAAUAUUUAAACAAGAAUAAUAAUGAACAACUUCAUCAAAAACUCCUUCGUGCUGGUUAUUUUAUGUCAAAUCAACUAUGGAAUAUGUUUGAAUCAUGUUUUUUUGAUUUAUCAGAAGCUGCAGCAGCCAGCAUUGAUCCAUGUUAUCAAUUAUUUACGUUAAAAUUUGUUGACUUACUUGAUGAUGCUGGAUAUUUUCUACAACAUUCAUUUAUUGGUGCACAAUCACCUGGUGGAAGAAGUCGAUCAUUUAGUGUUGAUGCUAAUAGUUAUGCCACAGAUGAUGGUCUUGAUCUUUUAUUAUUAAAACAAUUAAGUGAUGCUGAACGUGAUGGCGAUCCAAUUGAAGCUAAUUGUUUAGAUCGAUUCUUUAAUCGAUCAAAUCUUGAUCCACCAUUAUUAUUAGAUUUACUUAAAAGUAAUUUAGGACAUACAGAAGGUGCAGCUGGUGUUCUAUCACUUAUUAAAGUUGCUAUGUAUCAUAAUGAUGAUCAAGCUUUUCUUCAACGUAUAUCUCAGCAACUUCUUCUCAAAAGAACUAUUAGUUAUACACAUUUAGCAAUCUUUGUUUUUCUUAAUCGUCAACAAUUACAAGAAGAAAUCAAUGCUUUUCUUACUGAACAAACAUUACCAGGCCUUUCAAUCAUAUCACGUCCAACAAAAGCAUUAGCACAGAAAAUAUGUUUUGUUUUUAGUGGACAAGGUCCACCAUGGUGGUCUAUGGAAAUAACAAAAAUUAAUAAUGGUGAAUGGAGAUUAUUAGAAGAAUUAAUUGAAAAGAAAAAUGAACAAGAAUCUCGUAUUAAUGAUACAAAUAUUGCUCAACCACCAUUAUUUGCUAUACAAGUUGCAUUAGCAGCUUUACUUAUUUCUUGGCAUAUUUAUCCAUCAUCUAUAAUAUCACAUAGUGCUGGUGAUCAAGCAGCUGCUUUUGUUGCUGGUCGAUUAACUCUAGAAGAAACUGUUCGUAUUGAACAUUUGGCUUGUAUUGCUGUUGUUACUAGUCCUCGUCGAGUAACAAUAAGUGGUGAUGAAAAACCAAUUGAUGAAAUACAACAAAUACUUUCAAUCUCUUAUCCUAAUGUAUUUAAAGCACGUCUUCGUAUUGAAAAUGCAUUUCAUUCAUAUCAAAUGAAUCGAUUUGAUAUUGAAAAAGAAAUGCUUUCAUCAUUGAAAGAUAUUCAAGGACUUCCAAUACAAGAUCAAAAA